AGUUGCGGGGGGAUUCGGACGAAAGGUUGCACUGCUCCAAGUGGCGGAAAUAAACACUACUUUUAGGCACCCCCCACCCUACGAGUUCCCAGCCCACAGGCCGUGAUCAAAGGGAAUACGAUCUUAUACAUGUUUGUAUAGUUUACGGUAAUAUUCAGACGUGAAAUUUCCUGAAGAAAUUUCUCGUGUAGGUUGCAUGUUUUUCGCUAGAUUUGUAAAAACAAUUUGUACUUACAAUUUUCAAAUUAACAGUAAAUAACGUUAGAUGUAACGUACUAGAAAGUUUCCUGUAUCUAUCACAAGAACUAAGUUCAAAUUAAUAAAAUUAAAAGUAUGGAAACAGAAGGCUAAUUUUAAAUUAAUCAUACACUUUUCAAUCAACGACACAUUUAUACAACUCAAUUUCAAAACUUGAUAAAUUCUUCACACACGAAAUCUUUACAAGAGUUUUUUCUAUCCACCAAUUGUCACUUUGGAAAAAGAAGCAUGUUGACCCCACGUUUCGAACUGACACAAACAGUAGAUGAAGUUACCGUAACUGUUCACGCUCCGUAUGCACGUAUCAAAGACACAGAAGUUUAUGUCGAAGAUUAUGACUUCAGAUUUUACUCUGCUCCUUAUUAUCUCAGAUUAAAUCUUCCUGGUAAAAUAGUUGAGAAUGAUUCGUCUUCUGGAUCAUACGAUGCUGAGAAAGGUGACUUUACCUUACGGUUCUCAAAAGUCAAUAAAGGAGAAGAAUUUCAGAACCUGGAUAUGAUUACAACGUUGCUUGCUCCACCGAAAAAAAGAACCCAGGCUGUUCCGACUAUAGAAGUUAUAAGUAAUCCUGUUGUGAGUUUAGCGGAAGAGAAAAAUGGUGAAUUGCAAACCAACGAAGUGAAGUGCAACAGCGAAGAAGCAACGGUUGAUGGUGAGAACAGAGACGGAGACGAAUGGUUUCUGCCUCAGAAUAUUAAUCAAGAAAAUAUACAAUCUUCUAUUCAACCUCCCAACUACGGUUUCGGGGGCAAGUUUUCCCGUACUCUGGCAUCAUUUGAGUCAGGGUGGACAGGUGAAAUAAUAGAUCUGCCAGCACCCGAUGUCACACCUUCCAUCGAGCGUGCAUGUUUAAGGCAAAAGCACGAGUUUGAACAGUUCAGUGAAGAACAUUAUAUGGCUGAUUUAAUUCAGGAAGAAUACAUCAGACCUUACAUUGAUUUCAAGGCAGAAUGGGAGAGCUUGAAAAGCACCGAAAUCACGCUUUCAGAUACGGAAAAAGAUUUACUGAAAGAACUGCCGAACAAAGAGUAUUUGUUGGAUAGCAAGGAAGUAGAAAAAAUUACCUUUGGUUUAGUUGACAUUCUGUUUGGCAGUUGUUACAAUCAUAGGACCACCAUGGGUGAAAAUACGGUAGAAAGUGGAUGGACCAUAAAUAAAUUGAGUUCUACGCUUUGCUGGUUUCAGGAGUUCAAUAAUAUGGAAGAAGUUGUUACAGCUUGUGUACGGAGAUCGUUGUGUUACCCAUUGUACAGAAAUUGGGAGCUAUCUGUAAAAGUAUUGAACGAUGUUAAAAUCGUUCUCAGUUUAGGAAAAAAAUAUGUAGUGAAACGUUUGUGUGAAAUACACGAGCUCUUCAACAAUUCCUACGAACCACGGUACAUGCUCAAUCACUUGUACAUAAAGGACUACUUGAUUUGGUUGCAGCAAACACCAUCGUCCUUAAUUGAAUCUCUCAGCGUAUCGUUGAGCACGAUACACCCAAACAAAGUCGAAAUGGGGUUAGAUCUUGUUGAAUUAGAAGCAGCUGCUUUCUCCGUUCAAGAUGAAGACUUAGUUAUAGAAAAUGCCAUCCAUGAAAUGGUCGACAAAGUAGGCAACAUGGCAUUAUACGAGAAGAACGAUGAGAAGCCUAAAUUCACGUACACCAUGGAGAGCAAAAAGUUCUUAGACUAUUUAUUGCGGAGAGGAAGUUCGAGCUCGUCGGAUAGCAGCGACACUGAUUCUGAAACAGAAUCUGACAGUAGUAGUUCAUCAAGCACAAGUACCGAUGAAAGUCUCGAUUCUGAUGAUACAAGCGAAGUAGAAUGAUUUUCAACUAACCCUGAUAGUUUUCAUCUAUUAGUUUGACACCGAAAACAAAAUUGAUAAAUUUUUGUAUUAAUCAGGAAAAAAAAUAUCUACACGCUGAAGGUGAUAUAAAUAAUAUGUUUAAUAAUAUUUAUCGGAAUCAUACGAUAUGUAAUAUAAAUACGGAUAUUUUUUGAUGAAAUUCAGUGUCAACUUUUGUACAUUUUUUGUUCACCACUGGACAUUUUUACCGGUUGUUUAUUUAUUUAUUUUCAUUAAACGUAAUAACAUCUUCUAUUUAUCCAACGGAUACAGUUCAUGGCUAUCCUUUAGAUGUAUCAUGUCCAUACCAAUUAGUUUAUGGUUUCAAUUUGUCAUAUAUUGCAAGUUAAAUUUGUGCAAAAUGUAAUUGUUGUUCUGUACAAAGAUAAUUAUCAUCACUGAAAAGCUUUUUUUAGAUCGCUGUUAAAGUCGCCAGCCAUCGAAGAAGUUCAAUAAAAAACUAAUUCCCAGGUGUAAUCGGGUUUCCAACUUCGACUAAAACAUGACGAGUCACGAAUUCUAAAUUUUACCCGAUGAAAGUUCUAUCAACUACUUAAAUUACAUUACAAGAU